GUUCGAUAGCUUCGACUCAAAUUCGAAUAACGGCGCGCGUUCUGUGGUUUCAGCGAAUAGACGUGUACGGUAAUCCGAUUGGCCGUGCACUAGGGAAUUGCCAAAGGAAGCAACGACCAAUGCCCGACCGAUGGGCGAAACAAAGGAGCAAGAGGUAUCGCCGAUGCCAAUUUGUCUCGCGUCGUAACGAUUCGAAAGUCUCGAAGCAAUUUCUCGUUAGUGAGACGCGAUCCGUACCGUGCGCGCGUAGAAAUGACUCGGAUCGGGUUAGAUUCGUGAAAAUUACGUCCUCGUUAUGUGGAAUAAUGCCAAGCGCAUUCGAACGCGCGUGCCUGUCCAAAGCGGCGUUUGAUACGUUUUCGAAAGGUAGAGGUUUGCGGAUAACCGUGCGUUCGAAAAACGUUUCAUUUCGAUUCUUUCGUUCGUUCGAAUUUACCGUCGAGCAGCCACGUUGUAAAUGACGAUUCGUAAGAUUUUGGAUACUCGGGCUAAAUCGAGAGAAACGGAAAAGAGAAAGGAGGUGACGAAGUUCGAGUCGAAAUCGAUCGUUCGGUCCCGCCACGAGCUCGAGAAACCGUCGUCAGCGCGUCGAGCGAAAAAUGGCCGCGAACGUGAGAACAGAGAUGCGGAUUCCUACGCGUACCGCCCCUCGUCCACCCGUCAACUCUCUCGCACAAAGAAGCAACGUCUGGGGUAGCACAAACGACAUCUUUGCUACGAGCCUGACCAGCCAACCCGUGCAGAAGAAGAAACCGCCGCCUCGUCCGCCUCCUCCCAAGUUCAAUCAGUGCCAUACGCAGAGGGAUCAGAGGGAUCCGAAAUCCAAGAAACCUACCCGACCCACCGAGCUUCUGACGAAUUUCUUUGCGUGGAAAGCGGCCAAGCAAGAGCACUCCAAUACGUCUCGUUCCACGUUCAAUUUAUCCCACAUCCCGCUGCAGUCUUCCAACGCGAAUGGAGCUCUGUCUUUGAUCGAUCUCAGUCCGCCUGGCUCUCCGACGUUCACCACUCGUUCUAGCAGCGACGGCGUUAGCAUAGAUAGUUUCGGUAGCGAUGGCAACUCCAAUCCCUCCGUCUUUACAAGCAGCGGGAAUACGUCCCAAACGGAAAGUGCCUUCGAAGACGAUUUUGACUUUUUUGGCAUGUCCAACAAGAAAUUUCCAAGCAACGAUCCGUGGCAAAUGAAGCCGAUGUCGGAUCCGUUCGGACCGAUAGAGGAAAGAAAUGCCGGUGCGCUCGAGGACGUUAGGCAAAUCGGAGAUACCUCCUUUUUCGCCUUCAACGAUAAUCCUACGGGGAAGCAAGUGCCUUUUGGACGAACGAGUUCUAAAGCGAUUCAUUCCGUACCGACGAUAAUACGUCCGAAACCGCCUAAACCACCGGCGCCGAAGAUAUUGAAAAAACAGUUGGAGCAAAAGAUAAGUCCGUCGACCAGCGUACAAAGACCCGUAAGACCUCUCAGCGAACCGAUAUCCGUCGACUCCUCCUAUUCCGUGAACGACGCAUGGGGCGACGAUCUUAAGGACGAGCCUUCGCCUCCGAUGCCAACGAUCCCACCGCCGGCACCACCCUCGGAAUACUUUCUACGAUCGAAAAACGAAUUUGAGGAAAGUUCUGGUGCACCCUACGGUAUCGCGCUUUAUGAUUUUCCGGUGACGCAUUCGGACGAUUUGCCCUUGAAGGAAGGCGACGUUGUCACCCUGAUAAGAGUUGUCAACGACGAUUGGAUGGAAGGGAGGAUUGGAAAUCGACAAGGAAUAUUUCCCAUUAAUUUUCUCGACAUAAAAGUACCAUUGCCUGGAUUACAGGACAACGUCGUCGUUGCCUUGUAUCCUUUCAAAGGAGAGGCCAUGGAAGAUUUAACGUUCGAGGAAGGAGCCAAAAUUAAAGUUUUAUCAAGACUAUCGGACGACUGGUUGUACGGCGAAUACAAAGGUAGAAAAGGUCAGUUUCCAACUAAUUAUGUGAAUAGAAUUCCAUACAGUAUUUCACGUUCAACAUAAUCAUCGUUUUACGAGAGAUUUUGGGCCUUAGGAUAUAAUAAAUACUUUGAUAUUGCAAACAUUUUCUAUUUUUCGCUUGAUAUUUCGAAACGGAUAGCGAUUUAGGCGUGUCGAUGAAUAAAUCAUUUUAAUACGAAAUUUCGAAUAAAUCUAUGCGGCAAAAGGAUGUAAAUUUUUAUAAGAUUUUACUCGAGUAAAAGAAGACUGAAUCGUACGCACCCAUAAAAACGAUCGUGAGAAAAUAUUUCAAACGAGUGUUGCCUCGAAUCAAAACCAUAUUCCAAGUAAAUUUACUUCUUUGGAAGGUCGUUUUUAUUGUUAUAAUGAAAAAUAUCUUUCUGCCUUGUAAUAUAUCGAUCGAAAGCGUAUCGCAAAAUAUUUUUAAUAACGUCUUUACAUUCGCGCGAAUGUUUGCAAUAUAUAUCGAAUUGUAAUUUUUCUCUUCUUCUCUUUCUCUUUUCUCCUCGUUUUUAUCACGAUUCGUAUUUGUACGAUCGAACGAAAAGAGAUACAUUCUAUUAUUUAUAUACUUUGCGAUUGAAAGUUAAAAACUGUCAACUGCGUAGCGUUGUAACAUAUCUUGUUAUAAAUUAUUUUCCAUAAAGUAUAGAAAAGUAUAACGUUAUAAUUACUUCUUGUAUUUAGCGAAACUCAUUAUUAGUCUUAAGGCGAUCUAAUAUAAGUUUCCACGUGAAUAUUGUUGUAAUAUCGCUUAACAAUUUCUACGUUAUGCUUAUCGAGUAUUUUUAUCAGUACCAUACGAGUCGUUGCAUCCAGCGGAUCUUUAAUCCCGAUAUUGUAUACCCCUCUGUGUACGAAUACUAUAUAUGAAAUAAUAUUUACGUUUUAUUUGAUCAAUCAAAUUACUGCUUUGAUAAUUGAUUCAACCAAGUAGGAUAUAUACAUACAUACAUAUAUAUAUAUUUCUUGUACGGUACGUUUGGCAUAUAAAUUAGCGUAGUUUAAUGUACUUUUACAUCUUUGCGAGUGUGCGUGCGUGUGCGUGUGCGUGCGUGGAGAGUGUCAAAAUUGUUAUUAUUUAUACGUGGUUAAAAAGCUUCUUGAGUUUACAAGUUUUUUGUUAUAUGGUUUUCACGAGUUCUGGGUAUUCUCGUAAGAGUAAAUGAAAUGCUAUUGAAAUAUUACAUACGUGUAUUUUGUUGGUAAUGAGAUAUGUUGUUGUUUCCUACUGUACGAUAUAAUUGAAUUUAUGAAAUUUGUUUUACUUCAGUUACCAGACAAAGAGUGAUAUCGGUUAGGCAUAUACGAGUAGAAUAAGCUUAGUCUAUGCAUUUCAUGUUUUAUUUAUUUCAGUAUAUAAAACAGGAAGAAUAAUAUUCUGAAAAUAAUCAAUUGUAAUCGACUACUAAUUUGAACAACAACGGUAUACAAUGUUCGUAUUACCGAACGAUAUGAAAAUACCAAUUAAAAUCACCAGCCAUUAAAUCAUAUGAUAUAACGGAUGCGAAAUUGCCGUUUUCUUUCUUUCUUUCUUUCUUAAUUCUUUUCUUAGCUCUAAUAUAAAAAAAUGACGAACGUAUCCAGGUUAGAAAUCCAUAUCGGGACCAGAAAUUUUCUUUACGUAAUUAUUUACGACGAAGAGUUUAGAAAUAGCUUUUACGGUGUGAUGUAAAAUUAACGUAUCUUCGACGUAAUCCAUAAUUCGAUGUUAAAUCGAUUAAAUGACGACGACUUAUAUUGUGAUAUUUUACUGCAUUCGUAUAGAAAUUUCUCAUGUAAAAAUAUGAUUAUUAUGAUGGAAAUAAAUUAUCCAUGUCGUGAAAUAA